AUGGACGUGAAUCGGUUAUUAGGAGACGAACUCAGAUACGAAUUGUACAUUCGCGGACAACCCUCAAAUAAUACGGUGGCAGACAAUCGGGCACGAAUACGAGAAGUAUUUAGAUCAGAGUGGCAAGGUGACAUGACGCAUUUUCCGAAGGUCUCCUUGUACUUCUACAAUGAAUUGGAAAUUUGUAGUAGGAAACUUGAGGAAUUGCAGCAAAAUAUAGAUGACUUCGAUCAGAACAACCGCGAGAACAAAUAUCGAAGAAUUUACUCCAGGCUUUUACACAUAUCCGGUCGCUCGAACCGUCUAUCAGGCAAGGACGUUGGGGAAGAAAUAUCAAGACUAAGAGUGUGUGGAGCAGUCUCCUCUGAUCUGGUUGAUAUUGGGGAGCCUCCCAGUUCUCCAACCGUAGAACCCCCUCCAACUCAAUACGAACAGGAUAAAAGGGACAGACCUUGGCAAGAAGGUUCCCAACCUAAACCCAGUCACCCAACUCAAUACGAACAGGAGAGAAGGGACAGACCUUGGCAAGAAGGUUCCCAACCUAAACCCAGUCACCCAACUCAAUACGAACAGGAGAGAAUAGACAGACCUUGGCAAGAAGGGUCCCAACCUAAACCCAGUCACCCAACUCAAUACGAACAGGAAAGAAGGGACAGACCUUGGCAAGAAGGGUCCCAACCUGAACCCAGUCACCCUACUCAAUACGAGCAGGAGAGAAUGGACAGACCUUGGCAGGAAGGGUCCCAACCUAAACCCAGUCACCCUACUCAAUACGAGCAGGAGAGAAGAGACAGACCUUGGCAAGAAGGGUCCCAACCCAAACCCAGUCACCCUACUCAAUACGAGCAGGAGAGAAGGGACAGACCUUGGCAAGAAGGGUCCCAACCCAAACCCAGUCACCCAACUCAAUACGAACAGGAGAGAAGGAACAGACCUUGGCAAGAAGAGUCCCAACCCAAACCCAGUCACCCAACUCAAUACGAGCAGAAGAGAAGUGACAGACCUUGGCAAGAAGGGUACCAACCUAAACCCAGUCACCCUACUCAAUAUGAGCAGGAGAGAAGGUACAGGCCUUGGCAAGAAGGGUGUCAAUCCAAACCCAGUCCCCCAACUCAAUACGAGCAGGAGAGAAGGGACAGACCUUGGCAAGAAGGGUCCCAACCCAAACCCAGUCACCCAACUCAAUACGAGCAGGAGAGAAGUGACAGACUUUGGCAAGAAGGGUCGCAACCCAAACCCAGCCACCCAACCGGACGACCAGGUAUCGACAAUUAUGAGAAAAUGGUGGGAGAAACCUUUCAGGACGAGGGAGAGAAACUUGGGGUUCAAAGCAAUGUAAAUUGUCGUGAAAAUAAAUUCUUUGAAUGGAAAAAGAACCCGCAAAACUAUCCUAGAGAAUCGCGUGACCGUGCAGCCAAUUGGCCCCAAUGUGGUUACCCGGAUAUGCCAGGCGGAACGGUUUCCCAUGGGAAAUUCCACUCACACGUACGUUUCGACCCUAAUAAUACUGCGACGGGGCAAGAUCUGAGAUAUGCCUCUCGAAUGGCUCAGGUUCAUUCUACUCGAUUCGACGAAGAUUCGGGAGUUGAACAGUCUGGAACUCAAUCAGCACUUAAUGAUGUUUCAAGAGGCCCCGCCAUCGCCGCCACAGAAGCGCAGGCACUUCCUGUCAACCCCGCUACGAUACCGACAACUAUUCUGAGUCUCUGUUGA